AAGAAUAUAACAGGACCAAAGUUUCUUGACCUGGUAGCUUUGGUGCCACAACUCCAAUCACAAAUCCUCAGGGACAUCAAAGUCAGUGCUCAAAACGACAGCACUUUAUACCCAGCUGGCCUUGAACAUGCAAGAAACCAAGCACCUGUCAAUCAAUCCCUCAAACAACUACCACCUCUUGCUUUAGCUUUUAUUGAUUGCUAUAAAAUGAUUUUAUGGAUAAAUCUUUGAUCUUGAAGAAGACCUGAGCUGUUCAUCUGCUCCAUACAGGGUAGGGUAUAUUGAGAUUCUGGUUUUUGUUGUAGAAAGAUUUUUGAAUCAGAGUGGUGUAAGUUUUUUGCUAGAAAUAAUGGAUCUUGAUUUGAACCAAGAGCCUUUAUACCCUUCCAAUGACUCGCUGUUGGGACUAGCAUCCAUACGAGAUGAAUUAGAAAACACCCAUGGUCAUAUAGAAGAACGCCUCAGGCAGCUUGAAGCAGUUACUUUCAGGGCUAGACAACGACAGAGAUGGAGACAAAGUCACUUUACCCCUCAAACAGUGAAUGUUUCUGUGGAACCAGCUACUGUUAAUGUUCACAGUGACGGUGGGCUGCUUAUUGGGGAGGCUGGUGUUGCUACUGAAGAAAGGAGAGAUGAGAUGAAUAAAUUUGGCAAAAGAAAGAGUACCUAUUUGAUAGCUAAAGCAUUAGGCAGGAAGGGGAAUGGUAAGAAGGCCAGAACUGACAGGAGGAGUGUAUUUGAUUGUAACAUAUGCCUUGAUAUGGCACAAGAUCCUAUAUUAACUUCUUGUGGACACCUGUUUUGUUGGCCGUGCUUCUAUCAGCUGUCGUAUGUUUACUCGAAUGUGAAAGAAUGCCCUGUUUGUGUGGAAGAGGUUACAGAUACAAGCAUUAUUCCAAUUUACGGCAAUGGAAACAGUUAUGAUAACAAGAAGCUCAAGUUGAAGGAGUCUGGCUUGAAGGUUCCUCCUAGGCCCUCUGCACAAAGAGUUGAGAGUGUGAGGCAACAACUCAUUAAUCACGGUGCAUUUUCUUCUUCCAUUGAGGAAAGGAUGCGGUAUAUUGGCAAUGUGCUCAUUGCAAUGGGGGAGAUACCUCCAUCAGAGGGUCUUGAUGGUGUUCCUCUUGAAUCUGACAGAAUCAGUUUCUUGGCAAAUCGAACCAGUACUUCUCAGGCACUGCCUUCCAUAGGGGCAGACAGCAGCCAGCACCACCGUUCUGUUCAAGUUUCUAGGUUACUGUUUCAAGGAGCUGCUUCACUAUCCUCCUUUUCAUCUGCAGUGAACACUGCAAUGGAAUCUGCUAUGGAAUCUACAGAAAGAUUAUUUGAGGACCUUGGGGCAAUUUUGCACAGCCAUCGUGGGAGAAGAAACCAUCAACAAUCUUCACGUCCUGCUGAUAGAGAUUCAUUUUCAAGCAUUGCUGCUGUUAUUCAACCUGACAGCCAGAACCCGGAUACUGUUGCCGAUGCUGAUUCUACAUUGCCACAGUCUGCUUCUUCUUCCAGGCCUGACGAUGUUGUCACUGUUUCUCAAUUGGAAAGCCAUAGAACGGGUACUGCUAUAGAAAGCAAUUUUAGUGUGCCCAUUUCUUCAUCUUCUAGAAGAAGAAAUCUAGUUUUUAGGCUUUCAGAAGUGGACAAUAGCGUAGAAACAAAUUCUUCUUCAUCCAGGAGAAGGAUUGAAGUUCCUAGAGCUUCAGGGGCAGACAAUGGAAAUAACCGUGAACGUAGAAGGAGAAGCUUGAACUGAUGUAGCCAUAGAAAUAAGGGUUAAAUUGAUUGCAUGUUCCUUGUCUGAGUACUGUGAUUUAGUUGUGUUGUUGGAAACUAAUACAUGUUUGUGUUUAUGAAGACCGUGUUUGCCAAUCUAGGCAUUGAGUGCCAAUUGCAAUUUAAGCAAAAUAUUGGGAUCA